AUGGGAUGCGGCAUCUCUAAUCUGAACGAUGACGGUACGUUGACCAAGUGCGAAGCGGAACAUAGCGAUGUCCAUCAGGCCCCACUCCUCCGUAAGCCCGUUCCGCCUGACGGUGGCGGUGACCAUGCCGACGAUAAGGCCAGAGUUGUCCUGGAAGAUUGGCGUCUAGCCACGGCUCGUCUAUUCCCUCAAGUUGCCCCACGGCACCUCGCUUUCUCCUUGGUCUGCGACAUCGACCCGCAACACCCUUGGGCCAUGGAACUUGCCAAAUCUAUUGUAGCACCCAUCCACAAUCUCUUGCCCCGGGGCCAGCUCAAGGAAUGCCACAUCCGGCUGGCUAAAACCCCGGGUGAACCUUUACAACAGCUUGCCGAGGACACCGUCCGACACGCAUGUGGGCUCCCCGGGCUUCCAGGGCCGACAACACCGACCAUGAAGCGGAACUUGGUGACGCUUCCGCGCGAGUUGCGGCUCCGGAUCCUGGAGUAUACCGAUCUCGUUACCCCGCGGGCACAGGUGAUCUGGGACCGGGACGAGCAUGCGUAUAGCGUCCGCCACUUCACGCCCAACCCAUGGUACGGUCCCGAUGAACAACACGCCGGUCAGUUUGUAGGGUGUUGGGACGCUCCUUACCGGGACACAGGUCGAAAGGACCUUGGCCACGGCUGUUUUUGCCGCCGUCAGCACGCCGCGUUCUCUCAGGGAUGCAAGUGCUGGGCACCCCCCGGCCCGACCUUGUUUCUCCUCUGCCGCACCCUUUACCACGACGCCCAAUUCGUCUUCUUUUCCAACCAUGGAUUCAUCGUCUCCGACUACAGACCGAGAAAGUGGCCAGUGAACACAGAUCCCGGACCCUACGUAGUCUCAGACCUUCCCGACUUCCCACCACCCCGCGAACGGUUUGCGGCCACGGAAUUUUUGAGACACGUUCCGUCCUCCUCCCUCGCCUAUAUUCGCUUCCUCAAGAUCACAAUCCCUGCUUAUCGCCCGCCCAGCAUUUGGCCUCAGGCUCAAGAUCCCGCGAUGGAGGAUUGGAAUUCCACUUUUGAGUGGGCACGGGACAAGAUGAGCCUUCCCCGGCUAGUCAUCCGGUUCGACGUAUAUGGCGACCAGGCGCGGCGCUCGUACAGGAUCACGGAGGCUGAGGCGGCCGCGCAGGUCAACACGUACAUGGAACUGCUAGAACCGUUUAAGCGGCUGGCUGACGGCCCGAGUGGUGGCGACGGCCAGGGGUUGGGCGGCUUUUUCGCAUCCUUUGCCUGGCCGUAUAGAUGGGUGGGUGACUGGCUGCAAGACGGCGUGAACGCCAUGUGGGGUGGGCCGGACAGGCGAGAAGCUGAAAAGCAAGACCAACGCGCGUUUGAGCUCCGGGCGCGUCGGUAUGUCAUGGGUGAUCGAUAUGACCCGGACGCUACGCCUCCGCCUGUCAGUGACUGGGACCUAACGGAUGGCUGA